AGGAAGAUUGAAUUCUUGAAUCAAAUCAAAGUUCUCUGACCCAUUAGGAAGUGGAUCUCAUCAUGAACAUGGCAGUAGUGGGUGGGCUACUCGAGAGAUCUAGCAGUAAAAAGCAUGAGUGUGUUCGUACUCGCUGAUGCCUGUGAGUGUGAGGGAGAAAACAUUUCAAGAAUACUCGACAAACUGACAAAAGAUGGCAGCCCAUGUAAGUUAUUGGGUGACCCAAGGAGAUUUACACACCACCGAGUGACCACCUUACCUGGUCUAUUUAUGACAGCGUAUAAGCAAGCAAGACUUGAGAAAAAUGAGCGUCAGAUUUUACUGAGCCAUGAAGACCAUUUGAUAGCCAUUCAGCUGUGUCUUGCAGAAAUGAACAAACAGAAUAUUGGCGACUUUGACGUUGAAAUGAGUAAAGUAUUAGAGAUGUCCAGAAAAAUCAACAAGAAGAAACUUACAAAUGUAGAAUCGGAAGAUCUCUUUGAUGACAUUGAUGAGGAAUUAUCAAAGCUCUUUGAUGCCUAUAAAGAAUUUCUUCAAAGUUGCAACGUAUAUGACAUGGCCGAUUUAUUCCGAGCAGUUCUAGACAAUAGCUGUCUCGAUGUGGUGGAAUCCGUCUUUGAAGGGUCCAACUUCAUACUCCUUCAAGCUCCAUCCACAGAUCUUGAGAAAGAAAUGCUACAGUUUGUGUGCAGGGGAAAAGCUUUGGUGAAACUAACAUGUGAAGAAGAGUUAAAUGAAGGGGGUGACGUAAACAUCAUGACAGAAGAUGUAGCAGAUGUGGAUGACAUCAUAGCUUUGCUCAAGAAACACGGACCUUCCACCUCUCCAAUAUCAGUGACUGAGGGUCAUGUCCGAGGCAUAUUUGUUUCUUACCUCCACCUAUUGGUCAACUCAAGAAAUGAACUGUCGCUCGCCAGAGUUAUCAACAUCCCAGACCGGGAAUUAGACCAGCAGGCUUUCACCGAUAUCAAGAGAGUCGCCAAAGAAAAGAAUAUGUCCAUGUGCCAAGUUGCCCUAUCCUAUGUCAUGAAGAUACGUCUUGGUGGUCGGAGUUAUGCCCCAGACCCAAACUCGCCCCUUGGACCUCAUGUCAAGGGUCUGGGUGACUUUACUGAUCUCAUUCACAAGCUGCAGAUGUUUGCGGAGGAAGAGCCUGAUGUCAAGACUUCAAUAUCAAAAGUCAUUAGGGUUAUCAAGAAUGCCAUAGUGAAAUGUAAAGAGACUCUGAUUAAGACAGACUCUGUGGAGAGGGUGGCAGAAACAAUUACAAAAGAUGCUCUUACUUUGAGCGAAAAUGUGGAAGAGCUGUAUGGAUGCAGCCCGGAAAGGAAAGCAAGUGAAGGUGGAUCUGCUCUCGGAAGGAAAACUCUAAAAGUGUUCAGAGCAUUAACAGAUGAGGAAUCUACGUUACCAUUUACCAGUAAAGCGGCUUACAUACUCAGUGACAUCAUGUCCAGUCAAAAGACACCAAUAAGAUUCCCUUGUCUGCUUUCAAAAUUCAGAUCGCCAGAAAAUUUGGAUGAAAUUGUUGACGAGCCAGAGCUUAAUGCACCACUUGCCCAUCGUUUGAAGGCCAAAUUCCAUGGUGACACACCAAAGGUAUGUACAUGGACAUGUGUUGUCAAAAAAACUUUGUUUGUUCAUUUUAAAACUACAUGUACUUUCAUCAAUAUCAAAUUGAAUAUAUGCAUUCAUUUUUAG